AUGAGGAGCUGUCGCACUUUGCUGAGAGCCGUAUCGAGGCCUCAGCCAGCACUUCUGCGAUCCAGAUCAUCAUGUCUAGCACAAGUCCCUCGCCGCACCUUGAUCUCGGCUGCCGACCUGCAGUUUGGUCAGCCUUUGCAUGAGACACACCCGCAUCUUAUUGCGUCAGGCGACUUGACUCCCGGUAUCUCUGCUCUCGAAUAUCACGAGCGUCGCGCAAACCUCGCCAAAGCCCUCCCAAAAAACACCAUCGCUGUCCUCGCUUCCUCCGACAUCAAAUACCGAUCCGGUGCCGUCUUCUACGAGUUUCACCAAGAGCCGAACUUCUUCUACCUGACCGGCUUCAACGAGCCCGAAGCACUUGCUGUCAUUGAAAAGGGUGACUCUGAUGUUGAAUACACGUUCCACCUAUUCGUCCGACCCAAGGACCUAAAAGCCGAACAGUGGGAUGGUGCGAGAAGUGGUAUCCAGGCCGCAUUAGACGUCUUCAAUGCCGAUGAGGCCGGAGACAUUAACCGUUGUCACGCCCUUCUCCCAGAUAUCAUCGGCCGCGCAAAAGAAGUCUACACCGAUCUGCUCGGCACUACUACCAAGUCGGCAUUCAAGAGAUAUUUUUCGAGCUUGAAGAAGGUACCCUCGGAAGGCUUCGGCAAGCUGCUACAAGAGAACAACGUCAGACCUCUGAGGCCUAUCAUGAACAACCUUCGUGUCAAGAAAAGCGAGUCCGAGAUAUUGAACAUGAGAAAGGCUGGUCAGGUGUCUGGUCGCGCAUUCACUGAGACCAUGAAGACAUCCAUCAGUACCGAGAAGGAUCUCUGGACCAUGCUCGAUACCGGCUUCAAGGUUGGCGGUCUAGAUGGCUCGGCUUACGUGCCUGUCGUUGCUGGUGGAAAGAAUGGCUUGAGCAUCCAUUACACUCGCAAUGAUCAAACUCUCAAGGAAGGCGAGCUUGUAUUAGUCGACGCUGGCGGCGAGUACGGUGGCUACAUCACCGACAUUACACGCACAUGGCCAGUAAAUGGCAGAUUCACAGACCCGCAAAGAGAUCUGUACGAGAUGAUCCUCAAAGUCCAGCGAAGCGUGGUAUCGCUUUGUCACGAGGAUGCGAACGUCUCGCUCGACAAGCUCCAUCGUAUCACCGAGGACGGAUUGCGCGAUGGACUCAAGAGUCUAGGAUUUAACAUGGACGGCAAUGCUCUCGAGACAUUGUUCCCUCACCAUGUUGGACACUUUAUCGGGUUGGACGUUCACGACGCUCCCGGGCAUCCACGAACUGGAAAACUGACGGCGGGAGAGUGCAUCACCAUCGAACCAGGAAUCUACGUUCCAGAAGACGAGCGAUGGCCCAAGCACUUCCAAGGACUAGCGAUGCGAAUCGAAGACAGCGUGUGCAUCACAGAGUCGCAUCCUUAUGUGUUGACAACAGAGGCAGUAAAGGAGGUUGUUGAUAUUGAAGCGCUCAGGCGUUAG